CCUUAGUUAAUGUUCUUGGUCUACACGCAACCAGCACAAGGCAUACAAGGGCAUACACCACUUGUACUUCUACUGCCGUCAAUAUGGCGGACUGGUCCCCUAGACCUUCUACCGACCAAGAAACUGCGCCUCUUCUCCGAGAUCCCGAUGCAGAAGACAAUGCCGAAAAUGAGGAAUCCACUCUAAUGGACCGAAUAAACUCAGUAGCGCAAGAACCUCUUACCCCUCUUUCCAAAGUUCUACUGGUCAUUGCAUUGAUACUCCUCUUGCUGAGCUCGGUUUUCAUCGGGCUAUUUGCAGGUGUACAACACAAGCUCAAUCUGGAACGCGGAAGACAUGACGAAGGACCACCGUCUACCAUAAGUGUGACGUUCACAGCUACCGCGACUUCGUCAAGCAUUGCUACAACAACUUUGUCUGCCCCAUCUCCUACUGGAAUUCCUAAAGAGCCUGUUUGUCUUACCGGAGACUGUAUUAUGCUCGCUGCCUCCAUUCUCUCGUCUAUGGAUACCAACCAAGACCCAUGUGAGAAUUUCUAUGAGUUCGCUAAUGGUGGUUGGCUUCGGGCUCAUCCUCUUCCGGCGGACAAAGGCAGUUUUGGAAAUUUUGAAGCACUUGCGCAAGAUAAUGAGCACGUCAUACAACGUAUUUUAGAGAAUAAAUCCUCGACAACUUCAUUCAUCUCCUCCUCUGAUGAUCAAAUACUUGCCAAACUUCGUGGAUUUUAUUCCUCCUGCAUGAACGAGUCCUACUUGGACACAAGAGGUCAUGAACCCCUAAUGGUAGUAAUCAACAACAUUAGACAGAUGUACAGAAGGAAAGAGCUAGUCAUCAAAGGAGAAACUGAAAAGAACGCAUUCCAAGGACUGACUGCUGCCCUGGCGUAUAUGCACUCGCGUGGUCUCGGAGCAUUGUUCUCUUUUGAUAUCGAAGGUGAUGUUGGUGUGGACCCUAAUCAUCUGGUUUUGUGGUUCUCUCAACCGUCACUCGGGCUUCCGUCUAAGGAAUAUUAUGAAGAGGAAGAUGUACGGAUAGUUUACCAGAGCGUCAUCGAAAAACUUCUUUUCGCCGUGAGCGAAGAAGAAGAAAAAGUUCUGCUGCAAAGGUCAUUCGAAACUUCCCCUGUCUUGAUUAAACAAGAUAGUAUCUGGCCACCUUGGCCUUGGCCUCCAUGGGGCGGCGAUGAUGGUGAUGAUGAUGGUGAUAAUGGAGGAAAGAAGCCCGUCAACAAAACGAAAAGGGUGCAGAAAUUGGCAAAAGAAGUGGUGAAGUUCGAGAGUGAAAUCGCACACGCUAGUCUGGAUCUUGACAUUCUCUAUCAAGAUCCGAUUGCAACUUAUAAUCCUGCCCCAAUCUCCAAUUUAACUACUGCUCUUCCUCAAAUUCAUUUUGACGAGUAUUUCUCCACUUUUGCACCAAGGAAUUAUCCCGAUCGCGUAAUAAUUACUUAUCCCCCUUACGCUCACUCUCUAUCGGAAAUACUCAACAGCACUUCCAAAGAUGUAGUCGAAGCGUAUUUGGUCGUUCGCGCGGCUUUAUCUUUAUCAUCAUACCUAGGCAUGGGCACUGAAGCAUGGCAAGCCCAACGCACGUUGGUGGAGACACUGAGUGGUAUCAAGAAAGGCGCUGUGGGGGACCGAGCGGAGUAUUGUGUAGGCCAAGUUGAGGGAGCUUUAGGGUUUGCGGCUGGGAGAUACUUUGUCAAUGAAACAUUCAGCGGCGAGAGCAAGGAAAAGGGUACCAAGGUCAUAACCGACAUCGUCAAGGCAUUUCAACGGUCCCUCAAGAACAUUGAUUGGAUGGAUGAACAAUCUGCCAAGGCUGCGUCAAAUAAGGCUCAAACCAUUCGUGUCAAAGUUGGAUAUCCUCUCUCGCCAGAUACCACGAAUCCCGCUUCUAUCGCAUCUUACUACGCCAGAGUCACUGGCGAUGAGAAUACAUUCUUCGAAAACGUUCUCAGUGCUAGUGUGAACGACGAAAUUCGAGGCUGGUUACAGCUCGGAAAGCAGCGAGAUCUAAACGCCUGGGAGAUGUAUCCAUCCAUGGUUAAUGCCUAUUUCAACCCUCCUGCUAAUGAGAUCGUCUUUCCAGCUGGAAUUCUUCAGCCUCCUUUCUUCAACAAAGACUGGCCUGCAUAUAUAUCCUAUGGUGCUUUUGGACAUGUCGCUUCGCAUGAGCUAACGCAUGCGUUUGACUCUGCUGGGCGACUGUACAACCAACAAGGCAAACUCGAACAGUGGUGGACAAACGCAACGAGUGCCGGUUUCCAGUCAAAAUUAGAUUGUAUCAUUGAACAGUUCUCUGCAUACAGUAUCGAUGAUGGUAAAGGAGGAAAAGUUUACGUUAAUGGGAACCUCACAUCUGGGGAAAAUAUUGGAGAUACAGGGCUUAUUCAAGCUUACAGGGCCUGGAAAGCGCAGUAUGAUUCUUCACAUGAGGCUGGAAGAGAGUAUCUUCUACCUGGUCUUUCGUAUACAAGGGAGCAACUGUUCUUUAUUUCAUUUGCGCGUGUCUGGGCUAGAAGUAUGAAAGCAGCAGCAGCAGUCCAACGAAUUCGGACAGACCCUCAUUCUCCGAAUAACUAUCGUGUAGAUGGGACUGUCUUCAAUAUCCCAGAGUUCGCUGAAGCAUUCAAAUGUUCUUCAAAAGCAAGACUCAACCCUCCAUCGGAAAAGCAAUGCAUAUUCUGGGGCAGGUCGUGACCUCAUCUUGAAGCAUCCGUACCAUCGAUAUCAUGGCACAGUAAAUUAUUCCCAUGGCAUGAAUACUUGUAUUUCGGGUAUGCUACUUAACAGAAGUCUAAAGUACACCCUUUGUACUGGG